UGUGGUGAGAGGGGUAAAUAAAUAUGGCGGAUUUCUACCAUUCAGUAUAAAUAAGGGGGUUAAUCAACUUGCUAACAAAACCAGAGCAUGUCGGCUACGAAGAAACGACAGAAGCAAAAUCGCGUUGUUUCAUUGCGUUUUUUAUUAUGAAACGUUCGUGAGCAUCCUGACAUGGACCUUAAUCUCUGUGCCAUUUGGCUACAAAUGAAUGCCUCCGCUCCACUAUUGCGCCGUUUGGACUGCUUGACGUUUAAAACGUGUAUUUAUAGGCAGGCUUGUAGUAAACUAGGAUAGAUUUUUAACGAAGAAAACUGCGUAGGAAGAAUAUGGGAUACAAGGUUCCAGGUGCUGCAAUGGAUCGUGUUAGUCUGCUUUGGAGGUUGAGGCGUCGAGCCCGUCGAGGGGUAUUGUGCAUGGGCCUUUUUUGCAUGACUAUGGCUGUACUGUAUACUCUGUGUGCUGAAAAUAGCGUACCUGUCACUGAUGCUAUAUUUGGGGUGAGGGCAAGGACUCGGGCACAGCCAAGGGCACACACCAUUGCAAAGGUACUUCGGGGAGCAGGGGGAUCCAAACCGAUGUAUGUGGACCCUCAAAAACUCCCAGGUGUAAUUCCCGGAAAUCCUCAAAAACCUAUUCCGGUUCUCUCAUCCUUAAACUAUUCAUUGGAGGCAAGUCAAAAGGAGCAGCACUCAGGGAAGAAAGAAAGGGAACAACACGGGCUUCUCGCCAGGCUAUUGGGCAGACCAUUGAAGCGUGCAAUUGAGACUAUUCUAGCGGGCAGCCAGAAUGUUGAUGAUUUCUUUGUCUCUAAGCAAGUUAUAUGGAAUGAUGAGAUGUCCAGUACUAUGCUAGGCAAAAGACUGAGGAAGGUGGUGCAGAACUAUCAGGCGAUGAAUAAAUAUGGUGUGACUUUCGGUGGAAGAAGACAAAAAAAACUGAGUGGCCCACAGCUUCUGUGCCAACUGAAAGAGAUGGUGAAAAUCACGACAUUAACUUCGGAGAUGAAGCCGUUUGCUAAAUUUUCCUGGGCCUCCCUUCUGCCUGCACAACCCCUGACAUCUUCACUUGGCCCAUUUAAAACAUGUGCUGUUGUUUCAUCUGCAGGAUCUCUGCUAAACUCAAGACUAGGGAAAGAGAUUGAUUCCCAUGACGCAGUGGUACGAUUCAAUGCUGCACCCACUGUGGGUUUUGAGAAAGAUGUGGGCUCUAAAACUACAGUGCGCCUGAUCAAUUCUCAGCUGAUGGCAUCAGAAGAGCACCAUUUCCUGUCCAAUUCUUUGUAUAGCAGUGGAAUUAUAGUGGCCUGGGAUCCUUCCCCUUUCUCCUCAGACCUAAGUGAGUGGUACAAUAAGACGGAUUAUCCAAUAUUUAAACAAUAUCAACAGUACAGACGUCUGCACCCUCAACAGCAGUUUUAUAUCCUACAUCCCAGCAUGAUAUGGCAGCUAUGGACGCGGAUACAAGACAACAUGGCUGAGCCUAUUCAGAAGAACCCACCUUCAUCUGGCUUACUAGGAACAGUACUGAUGAUGUCACUAUGCGAUGUGGUCCAUGUCUAUGAGUAUGUGCCAUCAUGGCGCAGAACCGAGCGAUGCCACUACUAUCAGAACUUCAAAGAUGCAGCCUGCACCAUGGGUGCCUACCACCCUCUGCUCUAUGAGAAGAACCUGGUUAAGAGGAUGAACAAGGGUUCAGACCAAGACAUCUCUGAUCAUGGCAGGGUGACACUGCCUGGAUUUAACACUUUGGACUGUACAUAGACUUCCAACUACUCAACUUCUAAAUAAAAGAUAUUUAUUCAAUUUA